AUGGCUAACAACACCAUCAACCGCACUAAUAAUAACACGAACAUCGAGACCUGGCCGCCGCUUCCUCAAUCCAGCUGCAUCCCGUGGCUUGUGGUGUUCAUCACUGAAUGUCUGGCGAUAAUCAUCCCUAAUAUCAUCACUGUCAAUAUAUUUUUGAAGAAACGUCAGCUACAACGGAGAAGUGCAAUCUUGAUCAUUCAUCUGGCAAUAAUAGAUUUCUUAGUUGGAGCAGUCUCAGGGCCAUUGGAAAUCUAUCGGAUAGGGAGUGUCUGUAAACUGUGGAAGUACAGUCGUAACUACGCAGCAACGAACUCAAUAGCCAACACCUUCACUCUUGCUUCGCUUGUAAAUCUCGCGGCCAUUUCACUAGAGCGGGUACAUGCAACAUUUUGUCCAUUUAAGCAUCGUUUUAUUGAGAAAUGGGUUUACGGAGUUAUAAUGAUUGUAACUUGGAUAACAUCUACAAUUGUAGCGUUGACUCGUAAGUUCAUAUUAGGGAGUAAUAUCAAAGUUCGCCGUAUUUUUGAAUUCUCGGCUUUUUUUGUUCUCCUUUUCAUAAUUUCUGUUUCUUAUAUUUCUAUUUUCAUCAAGAUCCAUUUUAUUCGUCGUCCACAACAUCACAGUGCAGCAGGUGUAAGGGAAAAAAAAUUGACGAGUACAUUAUUAAUUGUGACUCUUGGAUCUUUCCUCGCUUGGUUUCCAUUGGUAAUACUACAGUUAUUUUCAAUUUUUUCUCCUCAGUUCUACUUAAACUUUCCCCUUUGCUAUCGUUUUCACAUUGGCGAGAUAACAAGGGUUUCAUACACAGCCAACUCGGUGCUAAAUCCUAUAAUCUACGCCAUGCGGAUGCCAGAAGUCAGACAAGGAUUAAAGCAAAUCCUAUUCCACAAGACUUCAAACCGUUUAAACCAGAUCGAUUUGCCAGUACGUAAUCGUUAGCUCAUUUAAUUUGUCGAGAUCAGAUUUUUUCUUUCUCUUAUGGUAUCAAUAUGUUAUCCAAAAAAAGACAUGCAUGAUUAUAAAUGUACAAACUUCGCAGCCAUCUGUUGUUUUUCCACUAGUUUAUAAAACAGCGCCAGAAUUUCCUCAACUUUUUUAAUGAAAUAUAAAUUAAUCUUAAAAGGAAAACUUCUGAUCAGAUCACGUUUCAGAAGAGAAAUCAGUAGUUUUAAGAGAAAUCUUCAGUUCUAAGACGAAGAACAUGCUUAUUAUU